GCGGAAGCGGAAGGCUGAGAGAGAAGGGAACCGGGCAGCCAUUGGGUUUUUUGCUCCUAGUGUAAACGUGUGCCGCGCGCUUCGCCGUCCAACCCGCCCUCGCCAUGUCCAUCUUCAGGGUCUGGGUGGUUCUGCGCAAGUACUAUCCCAAUACCCCGCCCUCCGCCCGAAAUAAACCCAGAGGCCGCCGUUGCAGGUACAUGGGCGAGGGGGAUCAGAGGAAGCAGUGACUGAGAGUGAAAGGCAAACUCAGAAGUGGAAAACAAUGAGAGAACCGACGGGUUCGCCCAGGAUGGCUGAGGCAGUUGCAAAGGGAUGGCAAAAUGAAAUAGAUUUAGCCCUUAAAGUAGCGGGUGGGUGAAAGAGAAAUGGACAAAGGCGUGGGAUCUCCAGGAGUUGGAGACAAGGAGACAGCGGUCCUGUGCCUGCGGUAGGAGGGCUGACAGGGGUGAUCCUGGAAGAGAAACAGGGAUAGGUGCUGACUAGAAGAGAAGAGGAGGAAGUAAGCAUAGACACCUGGAGUGCCCCAGAGUGGGAGUGUAAGAGGGAGAGACGCGGUGUGACUAGAAGGCAGAGAGGGAGCAGAGUUGGAGAAAGAGAUGUAUAGAUGUUUAGGACAAUUGGAAGGGUGGGGGUGGGGAGAAGAGCAGUAAGAGGAGAAACAAGUUGCAGAGGGGGCAGGACAGGUGUGAGGGAAGAAAUAGGAGGGCAGAAAUCCCACUUGAGACAGUGGACGGUAAAGGACUGUUCCACAUAGUGAGGUCUUCCUGUUUUUGUGGUUGUGGCAAACGGAGGGGGGAUGUUGAUCCUAAGCCUUAGCAGCCUGUUUUCCACUUGCAAGAUCAACUUCUGAAAGCUUACAUUGUCUGAGGAAGAAGCUGGGAAGAGGAGGAAAAAAGGAAAGAAAACAGGAAUGGGUCUUUCUCAGCCAUUGUUGGACUUUGUCAUCUCUGAAGCCACCACUCAAGAGUGCAACUCAUUUAGGGAUGGUUAACCUUCAAGGAUGUGGUGAUUAAAUUCUCUCAGGAGAAGUGGGAAUGCCUGGACCCUGUUCAGAGGGCCUUGUACAGGGACAUGAUGCUGGAGACCUAGAAGAACCUGCUCUCUGUGGAUAUCUAUACAAUACAUGUGGUCAACCAAUUACAACCCAAAGCAGACAUGAUACAGGAGAAGUAUUCCAAACAGCAAUCUUGGGAAGACCUAAAACUCAUGAAAUCAAACAUUUUUACCUCAGGGAAAUCCAGGAAGACAUGUAUGACUUUGAGUCUCAUUGGAGAAGUGGUGAAAGAAAUAACAAAGGAAUGCCUAUAACUCAUGGUGGAAAUCUCACUGAUGACAGAGGUCAACAGUGUAGAAAGUAUGUGGAAAUCAAGUCCUUUGUAAAUAGGCUUGGAUUAAACGUGCAGGAUAAACUGCAGAUAUUUCAAACUGACGGGAUAAUUUCUGAAUGUAAUGAAGUUAUGAGGUCUGUCAACAGUAGUUUGUCACUUUCACCACUUCAAGGAAUAUCUCCUAGUGUCCAAACUAACCUUUCUAAUAUAUUUGGGAAUGAUUUUUUGCAUCCUUUAUUACUGACACAAGAUCCAACAGCAUACUGGAAAAGAGCUUUCAAGUAUAUUGAGUGUAGGAAAAGCUUUAGUCAUGUCUCAGCUCUCAGGAAUCAUCAGAUAAUUUAUUUAGAUGAGAUAUUACAUAAAUGUGACAUAUGUGUCAAGGUCUUCAGUACAAAUUCACACCUUGCAGUUCAUCAGAGAAUUCAUAAGGGUGAGAAACCUCACAAAUGUGAUGAGUGUGGCAAAGUCUUCAGUCAUAGAACAACUCUUGCAAAUAAUCAAAGAAUUCAUACUGGAGAGAAACCUUUCAAAUGUAAUGAGUGUGGCAGAAGCUUUAAUUGCUCCUCAAAUCUCUCUAGACACCAGAUAAUUCAUAUAGGAUAUAAAUUAUAUAAAUGUGAUGUAUGUGGCAGUGACUUUAGUCGAAAAUCAAACCUCACAGAUCAUCAGAGAGUUCAUAGUGGAGAGAAGCAAAGUAAAGUGGGAGAAGGUUAUAAAUGUAAUUUUUGUGGUAAGUUGUUUAGCCACAGUUCACACCUUUUAAUUCAUCAGAGAAUCCCUAUGGGAGAGAAACCUUACAAAUGUAAUCAAUGUAGAAAGGACUUUAGUGAAAAGGCAACCCCUGCAAAGCAUCAAAGUAAUUAAUACUGGAGAGAAACCUUACAAAUGUAAUGAGUGCAGAAAAGCCUUUAGUCAAAAAAUACAUCUUCAGCUUCAUUGGAGAAUACAUACAGGAGAGAAACCUUACAAAUGUAACGUGUGGCAGGUCUUUCAGUUGAGAUUCACUCCUUACAAGUCAUUGGAGAGUACAUUUUGUAGAGAGACCUUUCAAAUGUUUUGAUUGUGAAAAAGCCUUUACUCAGGUCUCAAACCUCACUAAACAUCAGAAAAUCCAUAAAUGAGAGACAUCAUCCAAGUGUGAUAUAUGUUGAUCUUUAACUCUCAGAGUUCAAAAGAAACUACAAAUGUCAUGAGUGUGGCAAAGCUUUUUGUGUGUGGAAGCCUCACAAUCAGAUAAUUCAUAGAAGAGUGGAACAUUACAAAUGUAGUGAGUGUCUCAGAGUACUUAGUCUGAAUGCAUACCUUUUGAUCCAUAUUGGAAAGAAACAUUAGAAAUGUAGAGUGUGGUAAAUUCUUCAGUGUACUUUCAAGCCUGACUUGCCAUCAGAUGAUGUACAGAGGUGAGAGCCCUUGAAAAUACAAUUGAGGUUGCAGUGCUUUUGGCAGUGGUUCAUAUCUUAUGCUUCAUGAGAAUAUUCACACUGGAUCGAGCAUAGAUGAUAUUGAAUGUGGUCAGGCCUUUGAAAAUCUACUCAUUCUAAAAAAGUUCAUCACCAGUGCCAGGAAUGUGAGCAACCUUUUCUCAUUGGUUUCCCCUUGCACUAGUAAUCAAGUUGUUUGUACUGCACCAAACAGUACUAAUAUACUGAAUUUUGAGUAGCUUUUAGAUUGUGCCUUAGACUUACCAAAUACUUCAUGAUUUAAAUUGCAGUGAAUAUGGCGAGACUUCAUGUUAUUAUUCAUUUAUCACUAGAUGGCAGAAUAAUUAUCUUGAAGAGAAAGCACACAGAUGUAAACUGUGUGGCAUGGCUUUUACCCAAAGAUCACAACUUGGGGAACAUACUGGAGAACACCUCCCAAAUGCAAUGAGUGUUGGAAAACCUUUACGUUGAGUUCAGGUAUUAGGACUUGAGCAAUCUGAUCAUGAGAAUGUUCAGUUUCUGACCAUGAAGCCUAGCCAUGAUGAAAGCUCGGUUUAUGAGUCUUUGGGAUGGACUGGAUACAGAUCCCAGGUGCCAAGUCCUAGUGAUGGGAGCUUCUGAUCAUGCUGAGGAUUUUGACUCAGCUAUAAGGAAAAGAAUGCCUACAAGAUUUCGUAUCAAACAGCCUGCUCUGAAACAAACCUAAGUGUGGGAGUUGGCUACUAGAAGUUCAUCUAAGAAGAUAUUGCUAAAAUAGAUAUAUUUUGACAUGUGUUUUUGAAAAUAGCAUGUAAUCUGCCGUUUUUGAAUGUUCUGAACAUGUUGAUUAGAUCCCAUGAUUUGAUGGGGGUAUGGCAUCAUCCAUAAAUCCCAAAUCUUUGGAAGACUGUAUUUUUCAGACUUUGUUACCCACAUUUGAGAGAACAUUGUUGUUCAGUUGGACAGUCAUGUCCGACUCUUUGCAACCCCAUGGACUGCAGCAUGCCAGGCUUCCCUGU